GGAGGUUGAGCGAGGUUGCCGGGUGGUCGCCUGCUCCCUCGCUCGCGCUUCUCUGCUGCUGGACUCUCGAGCGCACGGAGCAUGCCGCUCUACCCUAUACUCGACACCCGACGCGCCCCACCUCCUCGCGACACGUCGACGUCGACGUCGAGCAGCGGAGGAGGGUACCUCCCGCUCGCGCAGGCGGCGGCGGACGGCGCCGCGCAGGAGGAGAAGCUGGACGACGGGUCGAGGACGGCCAGCUGGUCGAGCAUGGGGACCGGGUCGAGCGUCGACGGGCGAGACGAGGACGAUCGGUCGUGGACGCGCAGGGCGGGAGCGGCGGCGCUCGCGCUCGUUGCGCUCGUUGGCGUGGCGGGUCUGUGGCUCUCGCCCUAUCGCCUCGCGCUCGAGCGACCAUACUCGUGCCCGAAUCCUCGCCUUGCCCUUCCUCCCUCCCUCCUCGACCCUCGACACCUCAGCACGCCCAUCGCGCUUCCUUCCUCCUCGCCCGACUUUGCUCUCUCCCUCGCAUACGACACGACCGUCUGCAACGCCUUCUCUCUCGUCGUCUCGCGCGUCGACAAGGCGCACUGCGCCGCCGUCGAGGCGUCGGUCGAGCCGUCCGUCGACGCCGACUUGAGCAGCUGGAUCAAGGCGCACCUCGGGCCCGACUCGUUCAUCGUCCAGGUCGACGGCGCCGAGCGGCGCAUGGCGGACUCGCCGUCGAAGUACCUCGGCGAGUGCGCUUACGAGUUCGAGUUCCGGCUCGCCAACGCCGGGCCCGUCUGGAUCAACGUCACGCACGCCAACCAGGACUACAACGCGUUCCGCGAGGACAACAUCGUCGCCGGUACCCGACACCGCCCAGAGCUCCUCAUGACGUCGCUCACGGCCGUCCCACUCGAGCUCGACAUCUGCGCCCCGACGUGCGAGACGCACUAUGCCCCUCGACUCGGCUUUGCCCUCCCGCCGACCUUCCCUUCCCCCUCGCCGGCGCCGCUCGAGCCCCUCUCCCUCCCGUCGUGCGCCGCCCGCGCCCGCGCCGGCACCCUCCGCGGCUCGUACAUCCCGACCCGCCCCGUCGACCAGCUGUACCCGCCUUUCCCCGUCCCGUACUCGUACCACCCGGCGACGCACUCGCGCACCUCGACCGGGUACGACGCGUUCGUGCCCGCCGAGUGCGCCUGGUCGCACGCCGGCACGCGCUUCGCCGACCAUGCGGCGUGCGUCGAGCGAGGGACGAGCAGGGUCCUGUUCGUCGGCGACAGCCACGCGAGGGCCGCGUUCGACAUUGUCGCUGUGCGGCUCGAGGGCGAGGGGACGGUCGCGAGCACGAGCGCCAAGCUCGACAUGCGCAACGCGACGGUCGGCAACGUCUUCAUGGAAUUCAUCUGGGACCCGUUCCUCGUCCUUCCUCUCACGUGCGAGACCGUCGACGGCUUCGAUGCGAUCGUCGUCAGCGCUGGCACGCACAUGGCCGCCUUCAACUGCCCGACGACGUCCGACUUUGUCGCCUUCUUCGAGGCGCGCCUCGCCGCCAUCGCUGCCCUCGCCGAGCAAUGCCGCUGCACCGACUCGAGCCCGUCCUCCUCGUCCGCCUCGACCUCGCCGCCGACCAAGCUCGUCCUCCUCACGAUGCCAGUCCAGCACCAGCACCUGCACGACCACGACUGCCGCACGGGCCCACGCCUGUCGCACUGGAACCGCGAGCUGAGCCGCAUCGGCCGCCGCGAGGGACGCUGGCAGGUCGUCGACGUUGAGAUGUACUCGAGGCCGAACGCGAUCGAUCAGAGGAUCAUGGACGGCAUACACUACCUCGCCCUCGACGCGGCGGAACCGGUCGCCGACGACUUGAUCGACCGGCUCGAAAUCUGCGACCGAGGUCCGUAGACGUCUCGGGACUACACCGGCGAGGCGAGCCGCUGUUGUACUGUG